AUGAAAGGAUACAUUUUCCUUGUGUUGAACUUGGCAACAGCCUUCUCCAACCCUGUCAACCCUCCGAAGUCAAUACAGAGGAGUUCCAUUAUUAAUACGAACAUAUUAUGGCCAUCCCCGGUUCCAUAUGUUUUGACCAACGGCCUUGAGAUGAAUGCCAAAGGAGUCGUCCUAAGAGCCUUUGAACAGUUCAGGCUGAAGACAUGCAUUGACUUCAAACCAAGGGCUUCUGAGCGCUAUUACAUUUCUGUCGAAAAACAGGGCGGAUGCUACUCAUAUAUUGGGCGAGUACUACUAAAAGGACAGGUCCUCUCCAUUGGCAGUUACUGUGAUGAGAUUUCCACUGUUGAGCAUGAGUUUCUCCAUGCUCUCGGCUUCUACCAUGAACAGUCCAGAUAUGACAGAGAUGAUCACGUCACGAUUGUAACUGAGAACAUAAUAUCAGGAAACGAGAAUAAUUUUGAAAAAGUUAGCAAAGAAGAAAGCAGCACCAACGGAGUCCCAUAUGACUACAUGUCAGUGAUGCACUAUGGCCCAAAUGCUUUCAGUAAUGGCAAUGGGUCUACAAUUGUCACCAAAGACCCCAAAUACCAGGAUGUGAUUGGUCAGAGAAUGGAAAUGAGUCCCAGCGAUGUUCUGGAGCUGAACCGCCUCUACAAAUGCAACUCCACCAUUGCUUUUAAGAUGUACUGCGGCUUCUCUGAUGGGAACAUGUGUGAAAUGACUCACUGUUCUCGAAGUGGCAUUGACUGGAGAAUGGAAAAAAAGGCUGCUGGUGGUCCUAGCUCUGACCACACCAGUGGCAGCGAACCUGGUCAAGGUGCAGGUUACUUCAUGCAUGCUAGCACAGCAUCAGGUGCGGAGGGAGACUCAGCCCGGCUGGAGACCAAGAGGAUGAGAAUCAACAGGGAGUGUCACACCCAGUGUCUCCAGUUCUACUACUUCCACAGCGGAAGCAAGUCAGAUGUACUUAACAUCUGGAUCAGAGAGUUUCAAGAUGAAAAGGACACUAAAGGAAACCUCCGCCUCAUGGGACAGAUCACUGGUCCACCAACAUCCCAUUGGCAGCUCCAACAUGUUUCCCUGAAUGCCACCAAACAUUUCCAGGUGGAGUUUGAGGUUCAAAAAGGAGCAGGAAGCUCGGGAGGCGGCUUCUCAAUCGAUGACAUCAAUCUGUCUGAGAUCGAAUGUCCACACGUCACUUUACAGAUUAAUGAUUUCGAGAAUCAUUUGAGCACUAGUCGUUAUGGAACCUCUAUAUACAGCCCACGGCAAUACUCCAGAGGGGGCUAUGCUUACCGGGUAGGGAUAACGCUAUACAAGACAUUUGUUGGCGUGUUUGUGCAAAUGUUGUCCGGUAAAAAUGAUGAUGAGCUGAAGUGGCCCUGCCCAGAGAGGCAAGUGACCUUCCAAAUGCUAGAUCAAAACCCAAACAUCCAGCUGCAGAUGUCAAAGCAGAGAAGUAUCACCAGUGACCCAAACCUCACCGACAAUGAUGGAAAGUAUGUUUGGGAUGACCCGCGUAAGAAUGGAAACCCAUUUGUAAAUGAGAAUAAUGAGACAGUCUUUGGAAACAGCAUGAUUGGCCGAAGCUAUUUUGCAACUUCGGAACUAAUUCAAUCCAGAGACUUCGUCAAGGGAGGGAGUGCCAUUUUUGUCUUCGACUUCCAAGAUCUCACUCCUGUCAUCAAUGGAAAUACUCUACCAUGUCCUGAAGUGGGACCAGUGAAGAUUACACAUCCUCCCAAAGGGCAAGAUAACGGCCCAUGCAAUUCACGGUAG